CUCAUCUUUUGGCCACUAUGAAAAACGGAAACAGGAGGGAAUGGGAUGUUACAAUGCUAUUUUUCGCUAUCCUUUUCUCUGACUGCGUUGGGCCAGUUCUUAGCGCAAUAGUCAGAAAAAAUGUCGAUGAUCUACGAGAUUUCAGGAAUGAAUUCGCUCACAUGCCACAAGGUAGUCUCUCUGAGAUAGAUUUUCAGAAUGCUGUUAGCAAAGUUGAAGUUGCGUUUCAAGCGCUUAGUCUUCCCACUGUAGAAAUUAAAGACCUAAAAUAUCAGAAAACAUUUCAAACAAAAGAUUUAACAAAGGUCCGCAAAGAAGUUGAUGAUCUGAAACAGGAAGUUCAACAGCUGAGGAAACUAAUGGAGUUCAAUAACAGCCCCGUAGCUGAGAGAUUCUUUGACGACGGCAAAGAAAUGCCAGGUGGGUCUUCAUUUCCUCACGAAAAUAUGGGGUGCUUUAACUCGCCACUGUGCACACUUCGCAUUGCUUACCUCCUAAGAUCUCCUUCUUUUUCCUAUGUUAAGUAUUUUUUAUUUACUGUAUACAUUUUGGUACCCUCUAAGUAGUUUCAAAAUAUGCUUGAAUACUUGAAACUUUCUCGAUUCCCGUAUGAACCAUGUCUUCCGAAUUACACCAGGUUUUUUUUUUUCAGUACAACAGUGAAUGUAAAUUUCGACUAAUAAGUACAUUUUGAAAGGUUUUUAACAAGUUUAUAGAUUUUAAGCUUAUGUAAUUGAAGCAAGCAUAGCAAGACGUAAGAUUACCAAUCAGUACUAGUUGUCGUUUACAAGUCAGUCCAAUUAAACUCUAGACGUUCGCCGGGUAUUAAUUAAAAACCGUAAAGACAAAACUCAACCUGUUAAACUAACGAUAUCUAAGGCCUGAUUUCUAAAUCACUAUGGUGGCCUGAAAGGGCCAUGAGUUUUUGGUUAUGCUUCGUUAUUACUUUUUUAAUCAUCGAAACGUCAUUCAAAAUUUUUAUCGUUGAUUUUUAUUCUUAAAUGUUUAUCGAAAGCGUCUGUUGUUAAAUCUUGUAUGUUUUCAUUUUCCUCAGAUUUUUUUCAAAUUUCAUAUCUAUUUAGGGUUUGGUUGAUUUUAAUUGUACUUGUUUCUAACGUUCCCCUGUUUUUUAAACUUUUCUUUAAUAUUUAGUUUUAUUAUUAUAAAUAUCAAUUUAUAUUUCAUUUGACUUUCUAUCAAGUUUAAUCUCUAAUGACUUCUAACCCUGUAUAAAAAUAAAAGUUAUGAAAAAAUGUGAAAAUGUGUAGAACGUACAGAGCUAGAAAUAAUUCACCUGAUAAGCUGAAAACUUUGAAUUCGAUUCAUCCUUUCUUUUAAUAAUUCGUUGCUUCCUUCUUUGUUUGUAGAUAAUUGAUUAGAAAAAUUAACUUACGUCAGUGUUCUGCUUAUUCUUGAUGAUAUUUAUAACAGUCUGAAUCUACACAUUUACUUUGGUAUUCGUCGGGGUAUUUGAUAUCCCAUUUAUUGGAUAGAAAUUAAGCAGUAAUUUGUGGCACCCUACAUUAGGCCAAGCAAACGUCACAUUGAUUAUCGUAUCAUAGACCUCUUUUAUGAAUGCAUCUAUUCAACCAUAGUUUGGUAAAAUUAUCUGACUUGUAACUGGUUAUGCUGCGAAUAUGCUUCGCAAUGAUCAAAAGUAUCAACCCCCUCUAACUGCGAACAGCUUUGCCGUUGCAAUCACCUCAAUACAAUGUGCAUUAUUUUAUGCAUCCAAUUACACAAGCACUUUAUACGCUUUGUAAAAAAAAAAAAUUAUAAAACAUGUUUUCACCUUUUUUUCUUAGUUCCCCCAGAAAUUAUUGCCAGAGGACCCUCGCAGGUAGCUGCCUACAACAAGGCUCUAGAGGAGGGAGAGACUCGUGUCAUGAGGUUGCCAGUUAUGCUCAUUGGACAAGCGCGAUCUGGAAAGACAAGUUUGAAGAAGUCUUUGAAAAAAGAAAAAUUUGAUGAAAAAGAGCCGAGCACUGAUGGAAUCGAACGUGAUCCCUCUUACUUCAGUGUGACAAAUGAGAUUGUGAGUUCAGAAGAGACAAAAGAGGAGCAAGAUGUUGAAUCUGCAGUUUCUUUCCAUAACAGAGUAGCGAAUUUUAUGGUAGAUGAAAUUAAAAAAGGAACGAGUGGACCUAACCUUGUUUAUUCAAACAGUUCAAAACUAGAAGAUUCUGAUGUUAAAGAAGACAUGCUCGCAAAACCACAAGAUAACUUCGGUGAAGCGACUGAAGAGAAGUCAGAAAAGCUGUUUAAGACUGAUAAAGAAUCAAACAAUAGAAAUCGUGUAAACGAAGUUCCAGAAAAAGCGGCAGUUUGCUAUGUGAAAAUGAUUAAUGACACCAAAAGGGAAGAUAAAGAUAACGUUUAUUUCUGUGUCUGGGAUUUUGGUGGACAGUCAGUUUACUAUACUACCCAUCCAAUAUUUCUCACCGGAAAAGCAAUUUACCUUUUAGUGUAUGAUCUUACCAAAGAUCCAGAAGGCAUAGCCGAGCAUAUUGAAAAACAAGGUGUGUUUAGGCGGAAGGUAGACAAUGAGUGCAGGAAGACCAAUCAAGAUUAUCUUCACUUUUGGUUGUCCUCUGUCUCUGCUUUGGAAAUACAAAAUAUGGGCCAUUCCGAGUCCACAAGCCGUGGAAAACUACCAAAGAGGCUGCCCCCAGUAAUCUUGGUGUGCACCCACGCUGAUAUUGCUGGAGAAUCAGCAGAGGAGCUAGCUGCCCAAGUAUAUGGCUCUCUAGAGGCAAAACCGUACGGUGAACAUUUGUACAAGAAGUACUUCGUGGUGGACAACACAAAGUCCGGCAGUGCAGAAGAGUGUGAAGAUGUCCAGCAGUUAAGGGAUGAAUGGCUUGAAAUUGCAAAGCACCAUCCACACAUGCAGAGUAAGAUUCCAAUCAAGUGGUUACAGUUUGAAGAGGCAUUGAUGGGAAAAAAGGAUCAUUUUAUCUCCCUCGACGAAGCUAGGAGAAUAGCUCGUGACGAAUGUGGGAUUAAAGACGUGGAACAAUUUAAAACGUCGUUGAAUUUCCUACACGACCUGAGAAUUUUGAUACAUUUUGAUGACACACCAAAGUUGACAGAUAUGGUCAUUUUAGACCCCCAGUGGUUAAUAGAUCUGUUCAGGAAGGUGAUCACAGUCAAACCCUAUGAGCGUAAAUCAGAUGAGCCUCAGUAUAAAGAAUUGUGGAAAAAGCUUCAAAACAAAGGUGUCCUGGAAGAGCAGCUUAUACAGGUUGCAUGGGGGAGCUUCACUGACGAAACCAAAGAGAUCCUUAUUGUGAUCAUGGAGAAAUUUGGCCUGUUGUGUCCCAUGCCUUCAGUUGGCGAGGAGAAGCGGUAUCUUGUACCAUCCAUGUUGAUGUCUCCUCCAGGUGAUAAAACAAAGGAGCUGCUUUUAUCUGCCACAAUUCCUCAUGUUUUCAUUCGUUUCAGACGAGUGUCUCGUCAAGAAUAUGUCCAAGUGCCCCCUGGUUUGUUUGAACGACUUGUAGUGAAGUUUCUUGCUUGGUGUAUUGAAAUGCAGUUCACACCUUUGUACGAAGAUAUGUACCAAAACUUUGUCAGAUUUCCCGUCGGCUCCAAAGGAUACUCAGUAAUUCUGUGCUGCAAUUCCUCUUCUGUCCAGGUUGUGCUUUAUGAAGAUCCAGUUUCUUCAAGUGAAAAGCCAGAUGUGGCCGAUUGUGAUAUAGUGUUAGACCAUUUAGAAACAGUGCUUCAAAGUUUGCGCGAAGAGUGCUUUUGGCUGAAAACCAUAGAAUGGGAAUUUAAUGUAAUCUGCCCUGUUUGCUGUGAGCAACGAUCAGGCAAGUACUAUUGUAAAGGUUGCAAAGAAGAAGAGUCUCUUCACUUCCGUUCCGAGGCCGAGUUGCAAGAUGAGCAAGGUCGAAUAUGCAGGAAGAAUACUUUGACUAAAGAAGAAAUUGUUCCAGUGGAAGGAUUUGCAUUAUGGUUUCGAUCCCUAAGGAAGCAGGUUAAUUAUUUGGAAGGCAAUUUUACUUCAGACUUAAUUAAUUAAUUAAUUUCAAAGCAAAUAGCUAAGUAAUUGCAGUGCGGACACCCAAACCGGAUCACUUGGAGAAAGUUGUUCAGUCACAAUGUUUUCUGAAAACAAGAUAUUCUCUUUUUUUGUAAACGGACCAAUGAAAUUCAAGUAUUCAACUGUACAACCUUUGAAAACAUUAAAACCGUUUGAACUUACCUGACCUUUCAGGAAACAAUCCUCAAGUUUACGAAUUUUCGCAACAAAACGUGAGAACAUUUUGCUUUCAGAAAAUGUUGUGAUUGGACAAUGAAAAUCACCUCGCAGGGUAGUUAAACAUAAGUUAACAUCAUAGAACGCCAACCGCUCAUAAAAAUUUACUUAGUUUGUUUAACCCUUUUAACCAGGUCAUUAGUUGAAGAAUUUUAACCAGGUUACCAAUAAUAUUACCCGGUUAAUAUGCUUAGAGCUGCCGCAGCCAGUGGCGAUUUUGUUCAUUGGGAUAGGUGUCUUUAUCUCUCUGUAGUGUAAACCACAGGGCUAAGUGUCUUAAUAAUAUAGUAUGUCACGUUUUCUCGAUUUUAUGAAUGGUUUUUGUUUUCUUUGUCUGUUUUUAAAUAGGAGCGGAGUUUGGAGCAUCUCUGUGAAGGUGAUUGCAUUUUUUCACGUCUUAACUAAAACAUCAGUAUACACACGUAAACAUGUAUGGCAACGUUUCAGUUUUAACUCAGCACUGCUAGAUUGCCCGCACACCGUCCCUUGAAAGAAAGGCCCGUGUUGGCACCGACUGUUUUGCCGCUCAUGUCUUUUACUGCCUACUACCAGUGUCCUCUGAAUUCCUCUUAGGAAAGUUAGGGAGGGGGAAUGAAAGAGAGCUUAAGAACUCCGUAAAUCCGAACAGGAGACUCCAGAUAUAAUGCUGUAAUGAGAACGUAUUCCCUUAAGGUUGGUGUGGGCUUAGCACAAUGACAUGUUUUAGUUUUAAAAAAAGGGAAAAAAGCCUAAGUGUUACUUGUGUCAGGUAAAGACAGGAUGUCCUGUCACACUUUUAAAAGUUUCGCUGUGCGAGUUAUUUAUUUUAAACUUUGACUAGUUGUUUAUAAUGCUUAUUUAUUUUGCACAGUUAUGACUGAAUUCGUUUUGAAGAAUUAAAACGGAAUCCAUCAGGAAAUUGAGUAAUUUACAUUUUCAGUGGACAAAAACCUUAUACCAGAAUAGUUUUUAAACCAAAUUGCAUUCAUUUUUACAUUUUUCAAGGGCUAAAGAUGUAAUUAGUUAUCUGUCAUGACACCAAAGAAAAUUUCUUAUGAGAGCCCGAGAAAAUAAAUGUCAAAGUUCAUAAAAUGAUGUCUUACAUUAUGAAAUUUUCAGACGUUUACCUGUGUUUUCACCAUUCUUGUGAAAUUUGACAUUUAUUUUCUCGGGUUCCCAUAAGAAAUUUUCUUUGGUGUUAUUACAGAUAACUAAGCCCUUGAAAAAUCUAAAAAUGGUCGCAAUAUUCUUUAAAUCAUUCUUGUACAAGGCUUUUGUCCAGUGAAAAUAAAAAUUACUCAAUUGCGCGCAUGGUGGAUUCUAUCUUAAAAAUGUUUUUACUUUAUUUCCAAAGCUAGUGCGAGUGGCCCACCCGAAGUUGCUGUUACAAUGCGGAAGAGUGAGAAUCUUCCCAGAGAGUCAGAACCUUUAGAUGAGGACCAAAUUCCAAUCGACAUUCUGUUACUGACGGUGGAGGAUUGUGAAUUUCUUGGCUGUCUUUCAUUUCUUAACCCCUGUUUCAGAAGAUUCUACGGAGGAGAUGACCUUGGUUGUGUGUACGUCGGAGAUACGGGAGAAGAUCAAAUAAAACUGAAAAUUGCUGUAAUGAAAUGUCAUAGGGGUUCCAUUACGCCAGGAGGUUCUUCAGUUUCUGUAAUGGACGCUGUCGAAGUCUUAGGGCCCAAAGCUGUGUUCUCUGUGGGUUUCUGUGGUGGCUUAGAUCUCACCAAAGUCAAGCCUGGAGACGUGGUGAUAUCAGACAAGUUGAUAACAUAUUCCCCUUCCAAAGUUACAAGGGAUGGAAUUAAAGAGACCGGUGUAAAAGUUCCCUUGAAAUCCCGUCUUUCGAGGUUGAUCCUAAAUGCUAGAGAUGGAUGGAAUGCACCUUUGAAGAAUUCCAAAGAGCAAGAGCAGGUGAAAGUAUAUUGUGGGGCUUUUCUAAGCGGACCAGAAGUGAUUGAAGACAGUAAGCAGUGCAUUGCACUUCGAAGCCGAUUUCCAGAGGCCCUUGCUGUCGAAAUGGAAGGGGAAGGUAAGAGUGUGACAUUUUUUUCGAUUUUUGUUAGCGGGUUUGAUGAUAGUGAGGGCCUAAAUGAACAACUUGAGUUGCUGAUAACAGUCUUACAUGCCGUUUAUCUCAUUUCACCCUAACGGUCGUGUUACCUAAUUAAAGUGUGCUUCACCAUCGGAUUUGCAUAGCCCUAAUUGGUUACUUGCGCACUAAGUUUCUUGUCAUCUUGCGUCAAGUCAACUCUUGGUGACUCUCAUUCUCCACUGAACCCGAUUUUUGAAUCUCCACGCGGUAGUCAGACAAUAACUUUAUUUCGAACGUUACUAAAUGUCGCCUAAAUGUCAAAGUAACUGUAAUUUCUUUUAAUACUCGACUGCCAGCCGUUGUUCGGGAAAUGAACCCGUUCUCCUUCCGUUCCAUCAAAUUGGUUUAACUCAUAUUUGGAAAAGUAAACGCAAAUAUGUUCUUUUAGUGGUCCACUUUCCAAAUCCUGCUUCCUCCACUGUGUUAUCCCCCAAGGGAUAAUAAUGGGUCUCCUGAUGUUUUUAUACAUAAACAGCUUACCAAACUGCUCAUCUAACCCUUUUCCUAGGGUGUAUGCCAAUGAUACGAUUUUACAUAGCUUAUAACGGAGUCAUUGUAAUUCAUUCCUGUCCGAAUUAGGAUUCAAUCAAUUUUGCCAUGCGUAAAUAAAGAUUUCCUUACCUUACCGUUACGGCGGACUCUUCAGUGGUCGAAACCCACCAAUCACAAGUGACAUCCGUGUUGUACCAAUCACUAGCAACCACGUUGCUACUUAUGCUCACACUUUCAGACAGCGGAUGAAAACCAUGCAGUAUGCGGUCGAAAUGUAGCGAGUCAAACGAGAAACGUUCCCUACCAUAUGUACUACACGAUGAAAUUUUUCAUUACAUGCUAACGGAUCCAUGGAAUAUGAACCCCCCACUGGUGCAUCCACCCCGUAAAUACGGUAAAUUCUUAUGGUUCGUGACGGUAGUCCACUGUAUAUUUAUGUCACAAACAAUGUUUCCACCUAGGUUUAUAUGCAGCAGCUCAUAAACGGGACGUUGAAUGGAUCAUCAUUAAAGGUGUCUCCGAAUAUGCAGGUGACAGCACAUCUGACACAACCGCCUGGAGAGAAUUUGCCAGUUUAGUGGCAGCUUCCCUAACGGCUCAUAUUCUUAGUGAUGCUACUGUUUUCCAAAACUGGCCUCACUAUAAAAGUGCAAGUAAGUGCUUCUUAACAUAGAAUUUAAGCUCUUAUGUCCCGCGAAAAUUGCCCAUCAAACAGCAACUCACUUGUUUUGUCGUUUCUAUGUGUUUUAGUCCUUCCAAUUACGUGUAGGAACACAAGUAAAGUAACCAAAAGCUACACCUCCAACCCGUCCACAAAGCGAAAAACCAUUGUGGGCUGGCCCAAUUCUUCCCCUCAAACUAUCACGUGAUACUGUGGUUUUGGAAGGGGACUUAUGGUCAACUGUUUACUCAUAACAGCUUAUCAUCAUUAUUUUUUCUUAAUGCAUAGACUGCAUAAGGGAUUUUGAACUUGGGCUCUGGGCUCUGUUUAGGCUAAAAGAUUUGUGUUUUCUUUUAGAAAAAAGAAAACUGCCUUCAGAUUAGUCACGCUCAUGGCAAUAUGUUCUGCAGACUAGCACACCAACCUGAACCCUGGAGGAGUAGCGCGAACUGUUGACUUCGCCCAGUAGAGUGACAACGGCUAUCGCCUUUUUCCCACCAAAAUGACGUUGGUUCGCUCGCACGCGGUGCUUAGUAUUGAGAAAAAUCUCGUCCUCGUAGUGGUCCUCGUCUUAGAAUCUUAAGGUCUCUAGAAUCAAACAUUUGAGAAAAGCAGAGGUAAACUAAAUUAUUUAGGAAAAGAAACGGAAAGGG